AUGGCUGCAGAGAACCCACACUUCGAGCCGAACCCCCAGUACGAUCACUACGACUUCCCAACGACCGCACCUGAGAACAAGCCUGGCCACCCAGGCCACACCACGAAAGAGCAAGAUGCCCAGGUUGAGCAGCUGCGAAUGAUGCUGGAGUCGGAGGGGUAUACCGAGAGACUCGAUACUUUGACCCUCCUGCGAUUCUUGAGAGCAAGAAAGUUUGAUGUCCAACAGACCAAGGAGAUGUUUGUCAAGAGCGAGGAGUGGCGCAAGACCUUUGGAGGUGGUGUGGACAACCUUGUGAGGACAUUUGAGUACAAGGAGAAGGAGCAACUGCUGCCCUACUACCCACAAUACUACCACAAGACCGACAAGGAUGGCCGACCAGUUUACAUUGAGAAGUACGGAAAUAUUGACCUCGAGGCCAUGCGGAAAAUCACCACCGACGAGCGCAUGUUGGAGAACCUCGUUGUUGAGUACGAGAAGGUUGCCGAUCCCCGUCUGCCCGCUUGCUCGCGCAAAGCUGGCCAGCUGCUCGAGACCUGCUGCACCAUUAUGGACUUCAAGGGCGUGGGUUUGAUGAAGAUGAACCAGGUUUACGGAUACGUCCAGCGUGCUUCGGCUAUCAGCCAAGACUACUACCCUGAGCGACUCGGAAAGCUGUACCUCAUCAACACACCUUGGGGCUUCAGCAGUGUCUUCGGCGUGGUCAAGCGCUUCUUGGACCCAGUCACCGUUGCGAAGAUCCACGUGCUCGGUGGAGGUUACCAGAAGGAGUUGUUGGCACAGGUGCCGGCCGAGAAUCUGCCCAAAGAGUUUGGCGGCACUUGCGAAUGCCCUGGUGGAUGCCAGCUGAGCGACGCCGGUCCAUGGCACGAUGCACAAUUUGCCAAGCCAGCGAAGUGGGAGACGCAGAAGACAGAGACCAAGCCCGCCGACAACACGAUCCCUGCGACCGAGACGCAUACCGGCGAAGGCGCUCCAGCUGCUGCUCCUCCUGCAGGCACUACCGCUGCACCAGCCCCAGCCGGGGACCGCGUUCCAGGAACUGAGGCUCACACUGGCGCUCCAGCUCCACAGUAA